AUGAAUUGCUACGUUGCCCCGCAGAGGCUGGAGCGUGGAUGUCGAUCCCCCGCAGCAGUGUCGUUCCAUCUAUGUUCUGAAACGAGCACCGGAAGUCACCAAGUUACGUUUUGGGGUGGUAAGGCACGCAGCGCGGCCACUGCAAACGUGCACCAACUGUCCCUUGGUACCCCAUUCAUGGCCUCGUUUCCGUCCAAAGUUGCGCUACCACCCCCCAUGUACACCAUGUGCAGUCGGGAAGAAUGCGACGCCCGUCAGCGUACACGGGAGGUUUCUGUCUUUGAAGCGACGGCGGAAACAGCGGCGGGGGCACCGAAUCUACGGAAGAUCGACCCGCGUCGUGCGGUGGCCAAGUAUCGCCGAUCGGCGGCAGGAUUUACCGAUCAAGACCGUCCACCGGCCCGGAGUCGGCGCGCCUUGAUCGAAACGGUGGAUUAUCUUUUGUUGGAUGUAUUCGCCACGCAAACAACGGAAACGUUAGGGUCGAAUACGGAUGUGCCUCUACAUUCAUUAGCGCAAACGCUGCAAUUCGUCGAAGAUCGCAUUCGCGCCGUACAAGUCGAACUGGUUUGGUCGCAGCAAAGUUCCAAACGUAUACAAGUCCGAUUGACUCGAGCACAGAUUCUCAUGCUGUAUCUUACUUUGGAUGACCCGGCGUAUCCGCGCAUAUUCGGCCAAAAAGCGUUGACGACGGCGCUGGCGACUUACUGGCUCUCGCAGGAUGAUUUGUGUGAGCAUACCGAGGAGUCGGCUACUACCCACGACGAAAUGCUGGCCUUGCAGUCUCUACACGCACUGGCGGAGAAUCUACAGACUGGAUCAUUCACAGAUGGUGUCCUGUCGACGACUGUACUGGUGGCCUAUCGACGACACGUUUUGCCGGGACAGCCUUUGCCCCUCUUUCAAUGGACACUGAAAUUGCUAUCCAGCAUUAGCCUGGGCCUCUGGCGAAUUGCCUUGGAUCAACUUGUGGACAAGAAGGCCACAGUACCGUUUCCUUUUGCGACGUUGGCUCGCUGUAUCAUGGCACCGUGUCUCUCCUGUAUGCGGUACCAAGCGCUACAAGUGUAUAACGUGUCAUUCUGGGGCAAGAUGGAGGGGAUCCCUGGUUCUCAGCUAGCACCCCUGCUUUGCUUUUCGGAACCGCUAGAAACCAAAUCUGCUUGCCAUGACGUUAAAGACGGCUGUUGCAACGAGGCAAAGGCAGGUAGGGUCGUUGAAGCCUCUCGAAUGGCGCUGUGCUUUGCCAAGUCGGUUGGUCUGCCCGUCGAACAGGACUCGGUACUGUUCAAGACGGCUACAGUGAAAGCGCUACCGCACAAAUCCGGUGGUCGAGACGAUGAGUUCGUAUUUGGAACCCCCUUAUACCGAAUGUCGCAAGCCAUCAAUACUGUAGAUGGUGUGCUGCCUCCGCCAAUGUCUUGGAUCCGGGGGAUAAUUCUCUCCGACUUUUCAUCAUCCCUUGUCGGCCGUGAGAGAUUGACAAGUUGGGGAGUCGCAACAAUGCCAUCACUAUUCACGACAGAAAGAGAGGAUCUAACCACAACGACGACGCCUACCAAUCUACAGGCUGCAGCUCAGAAAGGAUAAUCACGUUCAAGAAAUUACUACGCGAUACGCUGCUGAGCUGUAUUGAACAAAUGAGUGAAUGCAGACUUACUCGUCCUCUUCA